AUGGGAACGUCCGGUCUGAGCGCAACCAGCGGACUUGGCUCCUCGUUCGGCGGCAUCGGAGGUGGAACUGGUGGUGGACCUACCACAAGGAGAAAAGCACAGGUGUCGGAUUCAGACAGGGUGUUUUCGCGGAGCUCCGCUAGCUUUAUGAGAGAUUCUCCAGCUCCAUCAAGCACGCAUACGACGCCCUCCCACGCUCCGACACCAACGUACUCAGGCCCCGGUGGCAAAGCUGAUAAGGACGGCAAAGAUGUUUCUGCACCAAAUAGUGUGAAAGGAAGCGCGGCGAGCAAGAACAAGAAGAAAUCCAACGGUGCAGCUCGAGAGAGAGAAGAUGAUGAGGAAGGCGAAGUAAAACCGCCCGUUAAACGGUUGAAGAUCACAUAUGGGAGGGGGGAUUGA